AACAGUUGCGGUGGGGGCGGAGUCUUAUCGUUGGGUAUAAAUGCUCCUAGCACGGUUUUCUUGUCAGGACUACAAACCGGCUAGGUGUGCUGGUUGUGGAAGGCAGUACGAGCGGCGUGAAGCGCGGAUUCCUACAGGUUGCCGCAACUUUUUUUCCCCUUUUUUUUGGUUUAAAUUUCCCCAGAGCCUACAGAGAGCGAAAACAAAACGGCGUCGCUCCGCUAGAGGUUAGAGCGUGGUCUUUGGAUGUCGGGCGGGGGGAAACUGUUGAGCGCGUAGUGUAGCGGUACUCUGUGUGCCUCGGCCCGUCUCUCCGGCUUCACCAAUGCUCCUGCAUCAGUACGUGAACGGAUCCCUGGAAGUCAUGCCUCCCACGCCGGUCCAGAAAGACACCACGUUCACCAAAAUCUUCGUCGGCGGGCUGCCGUACCACACGACCGACGCCUCGCUCCGAAAGUACUUCGAGGCUUUCGGGGACAUCGACGAGGCCGUUGUGAUAACUGACAGACAGACCGGUAAAUCCAGGGGCUACGGCUUUGUGACGAUGACCGACCGAGGAGCCGCGGAGAGAGCCUGCAAGGAUCCCAACCCCAUCAUCGACGGCAGAAAGGCCAACGUCAACCUGGCGUACCUGGGCGCCAAGCCCCGCAGCCUGCAGACAGGCAUAUCCAUCGGAGUGCAGCCCAUCCACCCGGCACUCAUCCAGAGGCAGUAUGGGUUGGCCCAGCCGUACAUCUACCCCCAAGCGUUCGUGCAGCCCAGCCUGCUGCUGCCCACUCAGGUGUCGGCUGCCUCGGUCGGCACCAGCCCCUACCUGGACUACAGCUCGGCCUACGCCCAGUACGCCCACGCCGCCUUCGACCAGCAGUACCCCUACGCCGCUUCCCCAGCCGGCUUCCUGGGCUACGGCUACACCACCAGCCCCACGGCGUCCGCCGGCCCGUCCGUCGCCGCCACCACGGCGACAGCCACCGUGCACCCCACCUUGCCCUCCGCCACCGCCCAGGCCCCGACCUUCCUGCACUACGCCCCGCAGCAGCACAUCCAGCCAGAGAGGAUGCAGUGAAGUCGGAGGCGACGGGGGAUGGCGAGGUGACAGGAAGUGGAAGAGGACAGAAGAGCAGACCCCCAUAGGGUACCACCGCUGUCGUCAGCAGCAUGUUUCAGGAAAAACAAUGUCGGGAUUAUUGCACUAUACGACUAAGAUGGGCUGCUUGCUCACUGGUACAAGGGGAGGGAGGACUGCUGGGAGUUCAGGAGGGGAAGCCGAACCAGCAUACAGUAUGUGGUUGCUUCCAAGGGCUUCCAGAAAAUGACACUUCAUUUUUUAUUAUCAUUAUUAUUAUUAUUAUUAUUAAUAUUAUUUUAUUGUUCUUUAUUAUUGUAUUAUUAAUGUCUUUGUCACUAUUGUUUUGCCAUUAUUAUCUAUGUUGCCGUCGUUUUGUAGUUCAAUCAGCAGAGGUCACGCAUGUCCUUGCUAGAUGUUGCAUUUUUUAUUUUUCCUCAAAGUCCACAGCAUUUUGGCUGGACACAGCAGACAUUCUGAAGAUGCUGAGGAGCGUUCAUUUAUUCAUUUCUUUUCUAUGGUGGCGAUGGAGAAACUCGGCAGAGCUCUGCCUCACCAACAGAAUGCCGCAGGAAAACCAGGAGAGAUUUCAACUCAGAAAAGCGACCGCACAGCUUUUUUUUUUUUUUUUUUUUUUUUAACUCCCCAAUAUUUGAUUUCAAGAGGCCUUAAUAAAUAAAUGUAAAACAAAGAGAAUCUCCAGAUUAUUUUUCCCUGUGCCUCUCCACUCUAAACCAAGUUUUAAGGACAAAGAGCCCCUUUUGUAACCGAGCUAACUUCGAUUUGAUGUAGAUAAUCAUAAACAGUAUCGGGGGUAGAGGGGCGAGGAGCUGUGUGUAUCGAUGAGGUCGCUGACACUGAGCAAAAACACCAGUGUUUUUAUUUGUUUCUGUACUGAGAUGGUAGGACUGUUGCUCCAUGUACAGCACAUUCAGAUGUCAUCACGUGCAUUUUUCAAUAUUUAUAGGUAGGUAUUUAUAAGAGGUACUAAGUUAAAAAAAACAAAAACUUUUUUUCCUUUUUUUUUAAAGUUGUUAUUGUAGUUGUGACACUGAUGUCAUUUAACUUGCAGUCGUUUGCUGCAGAUCCACAAAGUGUCGUCGUUCUUUUCAUCAUAUUACCAGUGGAUCUUUGGAUGGGUUCAGCGGAAAUUCUUUUUUUUUAUUUUCCAGUAAGAUUGUUCCUUACAAUCCUUUCAAACAAGCCAUAAAGAAUAAAAAUUUCUACUCAA